CCUGUAAGUACUUGUACUCGCAUAUUAGUCACACAACAGUAAAUGCAAAGCCAAUAGAAGUGAAUGUAAGGGUGACAGAAAAUGAAGCAGAAUAUUCUUCAGACUCCAAGACUAUCGCUGCUUCUGACUGCCUGUGCCACUUGUAUCGGCGGGGCGUUUCAGUAUGGAUACAACAUAUCUAUUGUAAAUUCACCCAGCAAGUAUGUGAUGACCUUUAUCAACCAAACAUGGACGGAGAGAUACGAGUCUGCCAUAUCACAGGAGCUGCUGACCCUCUUCUGGUCCAUUAUUGUGUCCAUCUUCACCCUCGGGGGACUGGUGGGCUCUUGGGUUGGAGGGACACUGGCCAUCAAGUAUGGGAGAAAAGGUGCAAUGUUAAUCAACAACAUUUUUGCUUUGCUAGCAGCUGCUUUUGUGGGAAUAAGUUAUUUCAGCCGUUUGUUUGAGCUGCUCGUCGUCUCCAGACUUCUCAGUGGCAUAAAUGGAGGUGUGUCUUUGUGUGUACAAACGCUCUACCUCACCGAGAUAGCUCCCAGGGCGUUACGCGGGGCUUUGGCCACAAGCACGUCCAUAUCCCUCACCCUGGGCAUCUUCGUCGCACAGGUAGUCGGACUGCAAGAGCUAUUGGGCAGAGAGGAGUGGUGGGCCCUGUUGUUGGCGACCACCGCCAUCCCAGCAAUACUGCAGCUCAUCACCCUGCCCUGGUGUCCUGAGAGUCCACGAUACCUACUGAUCGACAGGGGCGACGAGACGGCGUGUGACAAAGCGCUGAAACACCUUCACGGCGAAGCUGAAUAUCCGGUCGAGAAGGCGGACAUAGAGCAGGAGAGACUGGAGGCUGAGGGAGUGAAGUCAAAGAAUCCCUGGGAACUGUUCAUGGAUAAGAGCCUCCGCUGGCAACUUCUCAGCGUCAUCAUCUUACAACUGUUCCAUCAGCUCAACGGCAUCAAUGCAAUCUAUUUCUAUGCGUCCUACGUGUUUACGGAAGCAGGCAUUCCAGAGGAUAAGAUCCUGUAUGUGACGCUUGGAUCUGGACUAAGUGAAUUUUUCACUGCUGUCAUCAGUGGCUUCUUGGUUGAGUCCUUGGGCAGGAAAGUCCUCGUCAUUGGAGGAUACUCUUUAAUGAGUGUCUGGUGUUUAGGGUUAACCCUGACUCUCUCUUUCUCUGAGGCCAGUCCAUGGGUACCAUAUCUCAGUAUGGCCUGUGUCUUUGCAUUCAUCCUCAGCUUUGGCUUGGGACCAGGUGGUGUGACUGGUACUCUGAACUCUGAGCUCUUCACCCAAACGGUGAGGCCGGCGGCGUGCAUGAUCGGCCUAUCAGUCAACUGGAUCAGUUUCUUCAUCAUCUCUAUCGCUUUCCCAUUUGUUGUGAGUGGGCUCAAGCAGUACUGUUUUCUAGUGUUCUUGGCUGUCUGUGUCAUCGUGUCAGUCUACACAUUCUUCAUGGUACCGGAGACCAAAAACAAAACCUUUCUGGAGAUUCAAGCGGAGUUCAAAUCCAAGGAGAAGGAGCAAAAGCUGAUUCUAGUCUCAGACAUGUACCAGUCAACAUCCUUCUGAACGUUGGCAAACACUCACAAUGACAUUUCUGAAGCAUCAUUUACUGCUUUUCUGUUUUUUUUGUUUUUUUUUAAAUAAUAAUUUUAUUUUAUUUUAUUUGUAACACAUUUCCCCCAGAACCAUAAUUGAUAACUAAACAUGUACACAUUUUGUACAGGUAGGGUACAUGUAUUUUAGUGUUAUUUUAUUUUAAUUUUUUUAUUUUUUUACAUUUAAAACUUUAUUUUAACCCAAGAACCAAAGACAGUAUGAAGCACGUGGCUCUUGUCUGAACUCGGUGUUAUUCCUUAAAACAGACCCCAAUUUUUGAGAUCCAAAAUUUGAGGCCCAAUAGUUUAGUUGGAAAUCUGGAGGAGCCAGUCCUCCCUCAGACCUUGCUUUGCAAAGGUGUGUUUUAUUGAUCCUGUGACUUUUGUUGUGCCAAAUAAAGAGCAUACUGUACACAGUC